AUGGAAAGAAGAAUAAGAUUACGUACUUUAAACACUCAUAUAACUUGCAAAAUAUGUGGAGGCUACUUCAUUGAUGCAACCACAGUCACUGAAUGUUUACAUACAUUUUGCAAAAGUUGUUUAGUAAAACACUUGGAAGAAAAGAAAACUUGUCCGACAUGCGAGAAUGUUAUUCAUCAGUCACAUCCAUUGCAAUAUAUAAGUUUUUAUGAAAUGAAGAGGGAAAGAGAUUUUUAUAGAAGUCGUAAUAUAGCUUGUCCAAAAGAUUUACUACAGAAUCAUGAAGAUGAUGAUGACAAGGUUAAUGAAGCACAUGCUGAAUCCGGCUAUCAUAGUUUAGAUGAGCUAGUUAAUUCUGAAUAUAAAUACUUGACAACAGAUAGCGCUGAACGUCAUACUGGAAAAAAACUUAUUGGAUUAUAG